AUGGUCCACUUCUUCCAACCAACAGCAUCCGAGCGCGGCACGGAGCAAUCACAGUCAACCGAACCGGGCUUUGGGGAACUCUCUAGUUGUGGCUGGAACAAGAAGGAGAAACACAGUUCAGCACCCAACGCUGUUGCCUUCACACGACGCUUUAACCAGGUGAGUUUCUGGGUGGUGAGGGAGAUUCUUCAUGCUCAAACUCUGAAGAUCAGGGCAGAAGUGUUGAGCCUCUAUAUCAGAACAGCAAAGAAACUGUGUGACAUGAAUAAUCUCCAUGCAGUGAUGGCAGUAGUAUCUGCUUUACAGAGCGCCCCCAUCUUCAGGCUCACCAAGACCUGGGCUCUUUUGAGUCGAAAGGACAAGGCCACGUUUGAGAGGUUGGAGUAUCUCAUGUCUAAAGAAGACAACUAUAAACGCUUGAGAGAUUACAUCAGCAGCCAGAGCAUGACAUCCUGCAUCCCGUAUCUGGGUAUUUUUUCUUUCCACUCUUAUUUGCACACACACAAAACAUAAAAUUUGCAUCAAUUA